AUGAAAUCAACAUUCAAUUUGAAUGAUUACUUCAAUCUAUUUACAUCUAUAUGGAUAUUAUUACAACAAAAUAUUGUGGAUAAAUUAAAUUCAUAUUUAACUAUCAAUAAACAACAAGAAAUUGAUAAUUACUUAAAAUUAAUUAGUUAUGUAAUAUCUAUCAUUGGUUAUGUAAUCAUUACAUUGACAUUAAUGUUAAUUACAUUCUUCUUAAUUUAUUGUAUACUUUAUAUAGUUGAUAUUUAUAAUAGGAAUUUAUUUACUAAACAAAAUGGUAUAAAAUAUGAUCCAUCUCAAUUAUUUACUCUUCAAAUUCAAGGAGAAUUUCAUAAGAAAUUAUUUCUUCUUCAAUUAAAUCGUUCUAUCUAUUUACCUCAUAUUAUCAAUUAUAAACAUAUUCAAUAUUUAACUAUAACUGCUUUAAUCAUAAGUCUCUUAUUUAGUCUCAUUCUAUUUCUUCUUUAUAUGAUUUUACCAUUGUUAAUCUUAUUCGAUACAGAAUUAUGUCGUUAUCUGAAUACAGAUUCUGGUAUAUUAAUUACGGAUUUCAUUCUUGAUUUAUAUCUACAAUAUCAAUGGUCAAAUUUUACAUUAUUAUCAAAUAAUGAUUUAUUAAAUUAUAUUAAUUUAUUUCCACCAAAACAUGUUUAUUCAACAAUUCGUAAUAAAUGUCAACCUAUUAUGUAUAAUAAUCAUGAUCUAAAUACUACUACUACUACUAAUACUACUGAUAAUACUACUAACAAUACUACUAAUACUACUACUACUACUAAUAGUAGUAAUAAUAAUAAUAACCAUACAUAUCGUAAUUAUAAUUUAUUAAAAUUACUUAAUUAUAGUCAAAUUAUUAAUUUUGAUAAACUUUUAUAUUCAUCCAUAAUUCAAGAGAAAAUUAAAGAUGCUGAAAUCUCAUCUGUGAAUAAAAUCAUUAAUAUGGACCUUGCGAAAUUCAUCCCGUCUGAUUUGGAUAGUUUAACAUCUAUUGCUAGAAAAUUAUCUGUUUAUCUAGAUGGUAAAAACUACAAACCUACUAUUCAAGAAAUUAUUCAUUUUAUAUCAAUAAAAUCAAAUUUAUUGAAUUAUUUAAAUGAAAUUAAAAAAUUUAUACAAUUCAAUGGAACCAUGUUUAAUUUAAUCGAUAUUAUUGAUCAGAUCAAUAAUUCAUUAAUUAUGUAUGAUCAAAUUACCAAAUCAAUUAAUCCAUUAAUUAAUUUAUUUGAAAAACUUGAAAUCAAUAAAAAUUUAACACAACGACUUGAUCAAAUAUUGAAUGGAUUGAAUAACUUCAAAAAUAUUUCAUCUGAUCCUCAAAGAUUGAGCGAAUCCAUACGUUUAAUAUUUAAUUCAUCUAUUCAAUCUUUAUUAAAUCAUACAAGUACAUUAUUAAAUAAUCAAUUUGAACAAUUACUUGCUAAUAUUAUACCAUGUAAUAAUAUUAAUAAAAUAUUAAUGAUUAUAUUAAAUCUAUUUUGUAAUAGAACAAAUAGUAAUAUAUUAAGUUUAGGAUGUUUUAUAUUGAUUAUAUCGAUAUCCUAUUUUUUAUUGAUUAUUACAUUAUUUAUUUUUAUCAUAUAUUCUAGAAAACAUAUUGAUUUAUUGAUUUAUACAAAAUGGGAAAAUAUUCCAUUAUAUAAUUCUGUGAAAUUAUGUUAUAAACUUCUUAAAUAUAAUUAG